CAGGCAUUUUCAGUUCAAGUUACAAUCUCCGCAUAGGGGUUCAUAUCUACCUCAACAUCAUUGGCCGGAUACCUAUCCGAAAUCUAUUAAAUCCUGGGAAGGGACUUGGAUCGCGGGGUAAAUGUAACGCGGCACUCACCUACGACGAUGACAUUGGAGUACAACCGCCAGGGUUCUGUAUAUGGGGUUUGGAGAUCCGGCUCGGCACAGUAUCCCCGGCAUGCUUAGGCUGAGUUGGGCGAGAACCUAUCCCAGCUAAGAGUGAUACCCGCAAACCGUUGUGACGGCUUACUACAUCUGCCGAAAAGGUUCAUUAUAGGCAUGGUACGUUCUUAUCAUUACAGAAGACUUCUCGAACGCGGUGCCAAUGUUAUUGAAGUAUAUGAGUAUCUAGUGAUUCGUGUCUUCGUCGUUCUCGACGUGAAAUCCAACAUCUUGUUGUCAUUCCAUCCUCGAUUCUGUGUUAAAGUACCUAGAAAUGGCGAUUAAAAUCGCCAGCGGACUUCAAAAUCGCAAGUCGCACCUAGUGCGCAGCCAUGCUCAUGAAGGGGACAUUCCUGGGACGGUCAACGUCCAGGCUAUUGAGGGAGACGACAGCUACCACGGCCAAGCACUAUUUCCCGUUCCAGCAGAGGAUCCGAACGACCCUUUACAAUGGCCGAAGUUCAAGAAGGUCAUGAUACUAGUCAUCAUCUGUACAUAUUCGUUUCUUGGCAAUGCAGCGCUCCUUGGGCCGGGCCCCUAUCUGACCCUCUGGGCGGAAAUAUUCGAGGUCUCCCCGGCAUAUGCGUCGACGCUUAUAUCGUACCCCAAUCUUGUCUACGGCUUUGGUUCGAUUAUCCUAGUGCCCCUAUAUCUCAAGAUCGGAAGACGCCCAGUGAUGCUCGGCUCCCUACUAGCUUUCAUCGCUGGUCUCGCCGGAUGCUCACAGGCCAAAAGUUUCGGUGGAUUGAUGGCGGCGCGGAUCAUACACUGCCUCGGAGCUGGCAUAUGCGAGGCUUUGCCGGUACAGCUCGUGAACGAUAUAUUCUUCUUGCAUGAGCGGGGAAAAUACAUCGGUUAUUACACAUUUGGCAUGUGUUUCGCAGCGAUAGCGCCCAUCCCAGCUGCCUACAUGCUAUCGACCAAGUACUCGUGGAAGCUCUUCUUCUACGUCGCCCUGGCUCUUGCCGUAGCCCUAUUCAUUCUCGCGUUCCUGUUCGCAGAAGAAUCGUCGUACGACCGCGAAGCGCACAGGAACCCAAACACAUCGACUGCAGAGCCGUUAGAAGGUGUGAGGAUAUCGAACGCCUCCGAUAAACCCGAGGAGCCCAUUGUCGAAGAGGUAUCCAGCACCUCCAGAAGAAAAACGUACCUCGAAACGCUUCUUCCAUGGGGCCGCGUGGAUCCUAACAUCAAUGUCGUGGCGUUGGUGUGGCGAUCAUUCACCUACUUCCUAGUUCCUCAGGUCCUAUGGGUCAUCACCUCCUUCGGGAUCAUCAUCGGUCUAGGUGCAUUGGCGUUCAACUUCGUUUUCCCGAUCAAAAUCACGGCGCCGCCGUAUAAUUGGUCUACGGCGAGCUCCGGCGUACAAUCUCUCGGAUCGAUCAUCGGCUUCCUUCUUGCGCUUCCGUUCAGCUCCUCGUCAGACCGACUCGCCGGAUACUUGACACGACGCAACAACGGCAUCCGCGAAGCCGAAAUGAGGCUGGGGGUUAUGCUGCCCGCUAUGAUCAUAGGCCCAGCUGGACUUGUCGUAUUCGGCCUCACUGCCGAGUACAAUCUGCACUGGAUAGGCUAUUUUUUCGGAGGUGGCAUGACGUCGUGGGGCGGCUAUUUCUACUACUGCUUCACACUGGCAUACGCUGUCGACUCGUACCAGGCCCACACCUCCGAGAUGCUCAUUGCGAUCAAUGUAGGGAAGCAGGCGGUAAGCUUUGGGCUAGGAUUUAGUGUUCUCGAUUGGGUAACUGAAAGGGGAUAUGCUGUGAUCAUUGCAGGUAUAUUCUGUGCUGUGUUCUUGGUCAAUAACCUCAUGCUUGUCGUAUUUAUGCUGCGAGGCAAGCAUAUUAGGCGAUUCAUGGCAACGUCAUGGUUGGCCAAACUGCAUGGGAGAAGUGUCUAAAAUAAGGAUGGGAAUUUUCUACACACGAACCUGAUUUUUUUUGGUGAUGCCCUGAUGCUCAACAUUUCUUCCUCUCUUACGUACAUAGGUGCCUAGUAUGGAGAUGAUGAUUUUUAGAAGUUGUUUUACUGCACCUUUUUUGCUCACUACGUUGGCGAUAUCCGUGAUCUGUCCUAGUGUUGGGAUUUCUCUAAAGUCCGGCCCCUAUCAACGUGUUACUUAAAUGCUAAUGG